GGAAAGUCUAAAUCGAGAGGGGAGUAAUAAUCAGAGUUGUGUCGGAUCCCGUGGAAGGCGGAGAACUAGGUCCACUAAUCUGAGCCAAUGACCGUCUCGAUCUCCUUCGCUUCUCCAGCACGAUCGGUGCGGUUUCGUGUAGGGUUUGGCCAUUUGCUCGCAGAAUCUUAGGGACAGUGGAUUUAAUUAUACGGAUAACUACUGGCCUUGUCUAACCCGUGCUUUUGGAGAAACACGUAGGUUUAGCCUGACCUUGACAGAGAGACUACAGGAACAAUAAGCAGGCAGUCUGUCUGUCACGGAGAGGGAAAGUGAGAGGGGGAAGGGAAGAAGGAGCAGUGCUGGAAGAACUGCAUGAAAGAGAGCAUAAAAAAGAAUUCUGAGAUCGGCCGGGGAGUCGAGGACGAGAGGGAGAAAAAGGAAGGAUGAAAUGAAAAAAAAUGCAUGGAAUAUAAUAUAACGAGAGAGAGUGAGACAGUGGUGGGCCCAUCACCCAUCCACCGCCUGCUUGGUUGUGUCAUACCGUGGCGAUCAUCAUCAUCCAUUUCAUAUCUCCUCUCGUCGUCCUUUAGACCAGCUACAGCGCUAACCCUAACUCGUCCCUCCUCUUCCGAUCCUCCGCCCAAAACCACCUCUACAGAGCCACCACCCACCGUCGAUGAACAAACACCGAUCCGAGCUAAAAAAUGGUGGAGAAUAUCUUAGAUAAGGUUGCAAGGAAAAGGAGAGACAAGACUCCGAAUUCCUUUUCCUUUCAACCUCAUCUUUUCCGCGCCUAGCACGCAGAGGCACUUAACUUAUUUUUCUUAAUCUCCAAACCUUCUUCGACUGCACUGUUCCAUUUCCUGUGCGUUGUUACACCCAUAAGCGAAGGGAACUUGCCAAGUAGCUACCUAGGGGGUCGUGAUGGAUCCAAUUACGCACCAUCUUCCUCCUCCCUUCCACACCCGGGAAUUCCAACCCCUCCACCACUUUCAACAACUUGAACAGCAGCAGCUCAAGAUGGAAGACGACGACAACGGCAUCCCCAGGCUCCACCGAGGCAAGAAGCGCGAUCUCGACGAAGAAAUACGCGACAAAGGCGCGAACUCCAAUUAUAACGGUGGGGGCGGCGAAUCCAAGGAGGUGCUCCCCACUACCUCAGCGGGGGAGGGCGGCGGCGAGAUCAUGCGCCGCCCCCGCGGCCGCCCAGCGGGGUCCAAGAACAAGGCGAAGCCUCCGAUCGUCAUCACGCGCGACAGCGCCAACGCGCUGCGGUCGCACGUGAUGGAGGUCGCCGGGGGCUGUGACGUCGUGGAGAGCGUCUCUGAAUUCGCGCGCCGCCGGCAGCGCGGCAUCUGCGUGCUGAGCGGCGGCGGAUCGGUGGUUAACGUCACUCUUCGGCAGCCCGGCACGGCCGGGAGUACGGUGGUGAAUCUGCACGGCCGGUUCGAGAUCCUGUCGAUGUCGGGGUCGUUCCUCCCCCUGCCGGCUCCGCCAGCCGCGAGCGGCCUGGCGAUCUACCUGGCGGGUGGGCAGGGGCAGGUGGUCGGCGGGACCGUGGUGGGGGCACUCAUAGCGUCAGGCCCGGUCAUCAUAAUGGCUGCCUCGUUUGGGAACGCGGCGUACGAGCGGCUGCCGCUGGAGGAGGAGGAGGAGGCACUGCAGGGGCAGCAACUGGGCGGUGGGCUGGGGUCGCCGGCCGCAAUGAUGGGGCAAUCGCCGCCGCCUCACCAGCAGCAGUUACUUGACGGCAACCCCUCGCUUCUCCACGGACUUCCUGCGAACCUACUCAACAAUGUGCAAUUGCCUGCCGACCCCUACAGCUGGGCCACCGGCUGCGGCGGCGGCGGCGGCAGCGACGGACGCCCAAUCUUCUGAUGACAGUACACAUGCAUUUUCGAUCGUAAUUAACUGAACUCGAAUGGUAGAUCAAAUUAAUUAAUUAACUAGCUUCUUGCUUCAUCAGCUCCGAAGCUAAUUUGUGAGAGAAUGAAGCCUGAAUGAUAUCUCAUGUGUUCAGGCUUAUCUUCUUCUUCUUCUUCUUCUUCUUCUUCUUCUUCUUCUUCUUCGUUUCGGUUUCAACUACUGCAUGCUUCUCGUGCCUGUUACUUUCAAUUGGUUUCUGUUUCUAGCGUCUCCUCCUUUUGUCUGAUCUGAUUUGGACAAUUACAUUACUCCUUGUACAUUAUUAUUCUAUGAACGAACUUUGGAGUGAUCAUCUUCUUGAUU